AUGCCUCGUGGAAUAAUAGUUAUAAAAGCUAGAGAGCACAGUUGUGCUGUUACUUAUGGGACUUAUGUGAUGCCAGAUCGGUGGAUCAAUAGCACCUUACACAAUUACUUCAUACCGUUAGCAGUUCUCAACACGUACAUUUGUACUGGCCUCUCUUGCUACUCUCGCUUCUUGGAACUUGACAGACCCAAACUGAGCAAAAUUCUUCGUACUGGAGCUUUUGUUUAUCCAUUCAUUUUUGAUAACAUCCCUCUAAUAUACAGGCUCCUGUUUUGCUUUGGAGAAGACUGCAACUGGAAUGCUGCCAUCCCCAUUCACUGCCACCACCUCUUGUUUGCAUUUCUGACUGGUUUCCUGUUCUCGUCCCACCUCCCUGAACGCCUAGCACCUGGACGUUUUGAUUUCAUUGGUAAUAAUGAACCUCUGCCUGCUUAGCUGCACUUAUUAGAAAAGUGUAUUUAACUGUUACAGACAGGGAAAGUGUCUAUAAAAAUUGUUUAUGAGGUGGUCAUGGCUGCUAGUGCGCAAGUUGCAUUCCUGUAGUCAAAGAUACAGGGUUUGAUUCCUUCCUUCUCCAUUUGUACAUGAUAUGAAUCUGUGCCAGUCACUUAACCAAACCAUCCUGGGUUGCUCCUGAGCAGGGAGACUGCAGUGUGCUUACCUGGUUAGCAAAUUGAUAAAAUUACAAAAAAUUAUUUCCACUGAAGUUGAUAAGAAUGUGUAGGGGAGAAUUUUGGUACUUUUUUAUUAAGUAGUCUGUGUUAGGCAAGUUCAGGAAGCUUAACAAAUUAUAGUUUUUGCCUUUUGUGUUUCUUCGUCUCAUUUGAGUGAAGGAUUACCAUGUUCUUUUCAUCUGUAAAUGGCCAACUGGACAUAUCUUUC